AUGUUGAGGAGAUUCUCUACUCAAUUCAAGCGGUCUAAGGACGCCAAUGGCGACUCCGAGCACAAGCCCACUGACCAGGGCGACAAGUCCGCCGACAAGAGCGCCGACAAGCCCACCGAUAAGGGCAAGCGGUUCUCUAAGAUCUCCCCGGCCCGGAAAUCUGCCGCCAACCAGGAGGAGGGCCACGUCGUGAAGCGCGCCGAAGUUGUCGCGACAUUCGAGAAGUUUGCGCAGGCCAUCCACGCUUCAAAAGAGCCUCUGCCCAACCAGACUGGCGAUGGGACCUACCUGCAGCACGACAAGUCCACAGGUCUGAUCACAGACAUCAAGUCCCUGGGAUUCCGCGAUGCCAACACCGUCAAGGAUCUUGUCAUGAACAAGGCCUCCGGCGAGCUUAUCGACGACAAGACCUACCUGAUGGAGCGCAUUAUCCAGAUGGUUGCUGAUCUGCCCGGUAGCUCCAAGAAGCGUCCCGAGCUCACCAGUGUGUUCUUGGAUGAGCUUUGGAACUCAAUUCCUCACCCUCCUCUUUCUUACAUGGGCAAUGAGUUCGCAUACCGCUCAGCUGAUGGCUCAAACAACAACCCUACGCUCCCCUGGCUGGGAGCUGCUAAUACCGCAUACUGCCGCACCAUUCCCCCCCUGACUAUUCAGCCCAGCGGAUUGCCUGACGCUGGUCUUGUUUUUGAUACCCUCUUUGCUCGUCAGGAGUUCACCCCUCACCCCAACAAGGUGUCCAGUGUUUUCUUCGACUGGGCCUCUUUGAUUAUUCACGACAUCUUCCAAACCGAUUAUCGCCAGCAGCACUUGAACAAGACUUCCGCCUACCUGGAUCUGUCCAUUCUGUAUGGUGAUAACAAGGAGCAACAGGACCAAAUUCGUUCCCACCAGGACGGUAAGCUGAAGCCCGAUUGCUUCUCCGAGGGUCGUCUUCUGGCCCUUCCCGCUGCCUGCGGUGUUCUCCUGGUUAUGCUGAACCGUUUCCACAACCACGUUGUCACUCAAUUGGCUGAGAUCAACGAGAACGGCCGCUUCAACGGCCCUCGUCCCGGUGCCUCCGAGGAAGAGGCCAAGGCCGCCUGGGCGAAGCGCGAUGAGGACCUCUUCCAGACUGGUCGUCUCAUCACCUGUGGUCUGUACAUCAACAUCACUCUGUACGAUUACCUGCGUACCAUUGUCAACCUGAACCGCACCAACUCCACCUGGUGUCUGGACCCCCGCGCUCAGGUUGAGAAGGCCGGUGCCACUCCUUCUGGUCUCGGUAACCAGUGCUCCGUUGAAUUCAACUUGGCCUACCGCUGGCACUCGACCAUCAGUCAGGGUGACGAGAAGUGGAUCGAGCAGAUCUACUACGAUCUCAUGGGCAAGCCUGCUGAGGAGGUCAGCAUGACAGAGUUGUUGAUGGGCAUGAAGAAGGUCGACUCUAUGCUCGAGGCCGACCCUGCCAAGCGCGAAUUCGCUCACCUGAAGCGUAACGAGUCUGGUUACUUCGAUGACAAUGAGCUUGUUAACAUUCUGAGCAAUGCUUCUGAGGAUGUUGCCAGCUCUUUCGGCCCCCGUAAUGUGCCCAAGGCUCUGCGCUCUAUCGAGAUCCUCGGUAUCGAGGCUUCCCGUCGUUGGAACGUUGGCUCCCUCAACGAGUUCCGUAAGCACUUCGGCCUGAAGACUUACGAGACCUUCGAGGAGGUUAACUCCAACCCCGAGAUCGCUGAUACCCUGCGUCAUCUCUAUGAGCACCCCGACUACAUUGAACUUUACCCUGGUAUUGUCUCUGAGGAGGCCAAGAAGCCCAUGGUCCCUGGUGUCGGUAUCGCCCCAACCUACACCAUUUCCCGUGCUGUGCUCUCUGACGCCGUUGCGCUUGUCCGUGGUGACCGUCACUACACUAUUGACUACAACCCUCGUAACCUGACCAACUGGGGUUACAACGAGGCCCGCUACGACCUGAACAUUAACCAAGGAUGUGUCUUCUACAAGCUGGCUAACCGUGCCUUCCCCAACCACUACAAGACCGAUUCCAUCUACGCCCACUACCCCAUGACUAUCCCCAGCGAGAACCGCGUGAUCAUGAAGGAUCUGGGCCGUGAGCAGGAUUACUCCUACGACCGACCCACCUUCAUUGAGCCCCGUGUCAACCUGGCCUCCCACCAGAGUGCCAAGCUUUUGCUGGACAACAAGACGGAUUUCCGUCCCUGCUGGGGCCGUUCCAUGUCCGAGCUCUUCGGCAAGGGUGAAUUCGACACCAAGCAGCGCGAGGCCAUCGGCAAGGCUCUCAACACUGAGGAGUUCCCCAAGCUCGUCAAGUCUUUCUACACCGAUAUCACCCAGCGCCUGCUUACUGAGAAGACUGGUCGUCUGGGCAAGAUCAAUCAGGUUGAUAUUACCCGCGAUGUCGGUAACCUGGCUCAUGUUCACUUCGCCUCUACCAUCUUCGGUCUUCCCUUGAAGACCGAGCAGAACCCCCAGGGUCUGUUCACCGAGCACGAGAUGUACAUGAUCGUGUCCACCAUCUUCAAUGCGCUCUUCUUCGACAUCGACGCACCCCGCUCGUACGCUCUGAACCGCGCUGCCACCGCUGUCUCCACCCAGCUCGGACAGGUCGUCGAGGCCACCGUCAAGGCCGACACCAACAGCGGUCUCUUCGCCGGCAUCAUGGACAACUUCCGUCCCCAUGACAACGCCCUCCGCGAGUUCGGUACCGAAGCCAUCCGCCGCAUGAAGGAGGCUGGCUCCAGCUCCUCCGAUAUCACUUGGUCCGCCAUCGUGCCCACCAUUGUCGGUCUGGUCCCCAACCAGGGUCAGAUCUUCACCCAGAUCAUCGAAUACUACACCAAGCCCGAGAACAAGGCCCACUUGACCGACAUCAGCCGUCUGACCCAAACCGAUGAUGCCAGCUCCGACGAUAAGCUGUACCACUACUGUCUCGAGGCUAUCCGUCUGAAUGGCAACUUCGGUGCCUUCCGCGAGGCCAAGGAGGUCAUCACCGUCGAGGAGGAUGGCAAGACCCACACCAUCCAGCCCGGCCAGCAGGUCUUCGCCUCCUUCGACCAGGCCAACCACGACCCCAGCAUCUUCCCCGAGCCUACCCAGGUUCGUCUCGACCGCCCUGUUGAAUCUUACCUCGACCACGGCCAGGGUCCCACCACUGGCUUCGGUGAGGAGAUCACCAAGAUUGCCCUCGUUGCCAUGCUGCGUGUCGUUGCCCGUCUCCCUGGUCUUCGCCGCGCUGCUGGUGCUCAGGGUCAGCUUAAGAAGAUUCCUCAGGAAGGUGGCUACUACGUCUACCUCCGUGGUGAUGGAACUGCUUACUGCCCCUUCCCUAUGUCCCUCAAGCUUCACUGGGAUGCUGCUCUGUGA